AUGGAAACCGGGAGGUAUACAGAAACGGAUGUGAAACCACUUUGGCACACGGAUCUUGAAACCCUUCUAGUUCGUAGGCUCAAAGAACAAUGGAAAGAAUCAUUACGUCCUGACACUCAUCGAUAUAGCCUUUGUGGAGAUCGAUCGGCUGAUUUGAGUGGUACCGACCUUAUUACUGGUAACCUUCUCACUCGAUCUGAACUAGUCCAUUUAGCGCGUGCUCGGUGUGGAGAAUCUGAGUUCUUUGGACGUCUUUUCUGGAGUGUAAGGGAAUGCUUGCCGACGUGCAGACUGUGCAACCGCACACCAGAGCAAUCUGCGGCACUAUUACGUGAUACUCAAUUGUCCAAAGACAACACUGAGGAUCACUCUUCAUCACUUCAACAGUCCCGAACGGUACCAGGGGUAUCCAUCAAUAGAAGAGAAGAACCAUGUCCAUAUUGUGAAAAAAUUUAUCGUGGUUUUUCGAAUCUUAAACUUCACUGCAAACAACAUCACAGUGAUCGACCUGCCCCUACCGCUCAUCUUAAAUGUGACCUCUGUGACGAAGUAUAUGACAAUCGACGGAGUGCGGCACAGCACCGUAUGCGCUGUACUCUUAAUCCCGAUGGCCUUCAUUCACGAAAAAGUGGACCGAGAAGAAGAUCUCAUCUUCCUACUCAUCAACCACCCACUACGUUCACCAAUAAUGGACCGAUGGAAACACUUCAUCACAUUCUCUAUGAAUGUCCUGAAGCUCGACACACUGUGGACAAAUUACAUAUACUGCAGGAUAUCCAAACAGAAAAAUAUUCUAUGUGGCAAUUUCUUCACAGCAAAAAGUUACUGACACUACUGCAAAGGUUAUUUGGCCACAUAUACAGAGAAGGAUGGAUCCACGCGCAGAUGAGAGCAAAAAAAAUAAGAAAUGAAGACAGAACCGUUUUAUUGGACAGCUUCAAAAACACAAUAUAG